AUGGCUCAAUUACAAGUAACUGUUAUUGAAGGACGAAAUUUAAAAAAGAAAGACUUAUUUAGUGAAAGUGAUCCUUUUGUUAGAAUUUAUCUUGACGAUAAAAAACAAAAACAAAAAACAAAAGCAAAACAAAAUACAAAAAAUCCUCAAUGGAAUGAAACUUUUGUUUUUAAUCAUUUAGAAGGACAGGAUAUUCUUCAUGUUGAUGUUUAUGAUGAAGAUACAAUAAUUGAUGAUAAAAUUGGUUCAAUACGAAUUGAUUUAAGAGAUUUAUAUCACAAAGGUCAUAUUGAUAAUUGGUAUAAUGUUCCAUCUAAAUUUGGUAGAUCAUCUAAUGGUGAAAUUCAUCUUAUACUUGAUUAUCAAAGACUUAAAAUAUAA